AUGAUAUCCCAUAAUCUCCGCAUGAAGUUCGCCAUUUACAACCUAUUAACUAUUCGGAAGUACCCGAGCGCAAAUACCGGCAUAAACUUGUAUUAUCAUGCUAUAUUCGGCUUAUCAUUCUCCGCAUUCGUUUCAUUUACGAUAACAGCCUGCAGAGGAACCUCAACUGUUAGCAUACACUGGAACUUCAGGACAGGGCAGGUAGGUAACUACAUGGGUACUGUCGAUGGGCAUUUGAUAAAUAAGCCUCCAUAUAGGUACAGCGCCAAGAUAAUCUACAUAGGCAAACCUCCUGCUAUAGGCUCCGAUAUCAAAUCGUUUUAUAGACAGAUUGCGCGUUUUUCUAAACGUCGUCCGUCUGAACUCAGGGAACGGCUGAGUGAACAAUAA